AUGGUCACGGCGUCCACCUCGUCGGCUGUGCCCCGGCCCCUCUCCCAACCUGCGCCGCCCGGCAACGGCAGCGAGGCGGAGCCACUGGACGCCCGGGACCCGCUGCUCGCCCAGGCGGAGCUGGCCCUGCUCUCCACGGUCUUCGUGGCUGUGGCCCUGAGCAACGGCUUGGUGCUGGGCGCCCUAGUGCGGCGGGGCCGGCGGGGCCGCUGGGCGCCCAUGCACGUCUUCAUUGGCCACCUGUGCCUGGCCGACCUGGCCGUGGCUCUGUUCCAAGUGCUGCCCCAGCUGGCCUGGGACGCCACCGACCGCUUCCGCGGGCCCGACGCCCUGUGCCGGGCUGUCAAGUACCUGCAGAUGGUGGGCAUGUACGCCUCCUCCUACAUGAUCCUGGCCAUGACCCUGGACCGCCACCGCGCCAUCUGCCGCCCCAUGCUGGCACACCGCCACGGAGGCGGAGCUCGCUGGAACCGGCCGGUGCUGGUGGCCUGGGCCUGCUCGCUUCUCCUCAGCCUGCCCCAGCUCUUCAUCUUCGCCCAGCGCGACGUGGGAGACGGCAGCGGUGUCCUCGACUGCUGGGCCCGCUUUGCCGAGCCCUGGGGCCUCCGCGCCUACGUCACCUGGAUCGCCCUGAUGGUGUUCGUGGCACCUGCCCUGGGCAUUGCCGCCUGCCAGGUGCUCAUCUUUCGGGAGAUUCACGCCAGCCUGGUGCCGGGGCCGGCAGAGAGGGCCGGGGGGCGCCGCGGAGGGCGCCGGACGGGCAGUCCCGGCGAGGGAGCCCCGGUGUCGGCGGCCGUGGCCAAGACGGUGCGGAUGACGCUGGUGAUCGUGAUAGUGUACGUGCUGUGCUGGGCGCCCUUCUUCCUCGUGCAGCUGUGGGCAGCGUGGGACCCGGAGGCACCUCGGGAAGGGCCCCCCUUCGUGCUGCUCAUGCUGCUGGCCAGCCUCAACAGCUGUACCAACCCCUGGAUCUACGCUUCCUUCAGCCGCAGCGUCUCCUCCGAGCUGCGAAGCCUGCUCUGCUGCGCCCGGACGCGCGCCCCGCCCGGCCUGGGGCCCCACGAGGGCUCCUGUGCCACGGCCAGCUCCUUCCUGGCCAGGGACACCUCCUCCUGAGAAACGAGGGGCGCCUUCCUUCCAGAGGCUCCACGAAGCUCAGCCGCCUGCCCGGGGACGGGCUCCGCG